GUCAUGCAGCAAAAGAGAUCGAAUUGGUCCUUUAAAAAUGUGUGAUGUCUUUUGGCUUACAACUGCUACACAAAAUCCAUUGGCUGUGGGACAAUAUGUUAAUAAUUGUUCAUCAGAAAAAGAAGCAAAUGUUUGCUAUCAGGAACUGAACAUACCUAAAUGUUUUCCUGUAGAAUUUAAGCAGUAUCUUCCAAACAUAAACUACAGCCAUGAAAUAGAAAGGCCCUUGAGAUGUGUGGUUUUGGUAGCUCUCCGAAACAUUGGCCCAGGAGAAGAACUUUUUUCAAACUAUUACACAAUUAUUUCUUGAUCGUCAACGAUGGAUUUUUACAGUAAUGAAACCAAAUGUGGUAUCCUUUAACAAAGAAUUAUUGAAGAUACAUUUUGGUACAAAAGUUUUGAAACUUAGGUCAUGCAUUCCACUGUAUACUUAAUAAGUCAACCUUGUUGGGUUUUUUAAAUAGCGAUAGCCUAUCUGAAAGCUUUGGUUGAAAUUUAAACUUUGUGGAGUAGUAUGGGACAUAACUUAUUUGGGAAAUGCUUGCUACAUAAACACCAGUACAAGCAGAAGAGUUGAAAUAAACGAGUUCUCCAGUGUACCUGGGUCCAGCAUAGAGACUUCAAGUUGUUCAUUGUCUCCCUCUGUUGUCUUUUAUAUGUAUUGGAUUUAACACACUCAUAUUUUGGAUUUUGAAUGGCUUUAUCAUUUCUUUUACUAUUGUUAAAAGAAUUUUGUCCUUUUAGUUAACUUGAAAAAUAUAAACCAAAUGAGUGCUUAUAGUAUAGACUUGAUAUGUACUAUAUAUGGUAACAUACAUGUCAGAUUAUUACUUUUUAAUGAAAAAUUAUGCCUGAUACUCAGAUACAAAAAUAACAAAUCUAUGUGCAGGCUUCACCCACAAGAAACAGUAACUC